AGAGAGGAGGAGAGAGGGAGAAAGUGAGCUCACGUUCACACAUUGGUGAAGAGGCUGGUCUUGCAAUGCCUUUGAAUAUUUUACUUUUAGGCAGUUCCUCAUCAGUCAGCCACACACAUCCGAGGCGAGCUGAAGCUAACUACAGCCAUGGACAGCACUAGGAGAUCUCACAUCUAAUCGCACGCAUCGUUCCUCCGGGAUAUUCUUGAAAUUCCACAUCCAAACACGCUGACAGCAGCUGCACUCACACACACACACACACUCACACACUCACACACACAUCCACACGCCGCAGAGCCGCCGAGCAAACACCUUGUCUCUCCUCUCGCAGGAUAUACCCGCUCACACACAUCUCUCUUUAUCUCCUCCUGGCUUCCCGGAGGAUCCUGCCGGCUGUUUUUCAUGGAGAAAGUCCAGGGAGAAAUGGAGAUUGAGAGAUGGGAAAGAAGUGAAGAAAUUUCAGACGCAGAAAAAAAGGUUAUUCAAGAGAUAUGGAGCAGAGUAUAUGCAAACUGCGAGGACGUUGGGGUCUCCAUACUCAUCAGGUUUUUUGUGAACUUCCCCUCGGCCAAGCAGUACUUCAGCCAGUUCAAGCACAUGGAGGACCCUCUGGAGAUGGAGAGGAGCCUGCAGCUGCGCAAGCACGCCCGGAGGGUCAUGGGGGCCAUCAACACCGUGGUGGAGAACCUCAACGACGCUGAAAAGGUCUCCUCUGUGCUGGCCCUGGUGGGCAAGGCCCAUGCCCUCAAGCACAAAGUGGAGCCCAUCUACUUUAAGAAACUCACUGGUGUGAUGCUGGAGGUGAUUGCUGAGGAAUACCCCAACGACUUCACCCCCGAGGCACACGGAGCCUGGACCAAGAUGAAGACCCUCAUCUGCACCCAUGUGACAGCAGCCUACAAGGAGGCAGGCUGGGCUCAGUACCCCACUGCCACCCUGUGAGCGCCCAGGGGGCCACCAGAGGGGCAGGGAGGGCUUUGCUCACCCCAGGACUUCGCUCUGGUCUCCUCUCAAGAUCUUUGCUCGGUUUGGGGAGCCCGGCAGGGCCAGUUCUGUCAGCUGCCAAGUCACAAUUUGAUCUCCAUGGGGUUUAAAAACAAACUAAACAAGCCAAAAAAAGCCACAGAACCAUGAAGGGUGUGGGUGGGUCGGGGUGAAGCAGUUGCAGGGGACGCUGGAAGGGGAUGCAGAGAGUGAGGGGAGAGCUUUGGUUGUUGGCUCCAUCUUCCUGUCCUGGCCUGUCCAUCACCACCUCCCAAAUCCUGCACCUCACUUGCACCAUCUCAAAGCCUCUUGCACAAGUGCUGCUGCCCCGUUCACUGAUGAACAACACAACCCUCAUUUUCCACGUGAGGCCCCUGGCUAAAGCUGGAGCCCCUGACUGCACCGAGAACUUUGCUUUGCUUUGCACUUUGUGUGUCACCUGGCAGGGCUGACAGCCAGAGCCUCUCUGGGUGCUCCAGGUGGGCAGCAGAGCUCACCUGUGCAGUCACCCACAGUCCCUGUCCUGGGCUGGCUGCUGCAGCCCCUCUGGGCUGGGAGAGAAGCUGCCCCACAGCCCCAGAGAGGGGAAGGAGGGGGAUGCCCUUGGGGGAUCCCUCAUGGCUCAGAGCUUGGUGUGUGGGUGGGAUCCCUGUGCCACAGGUGGGGAGCUGGUGAGUCCCCCCACAGCUCCCUGAGGAGGGGUUUGGAUGGAGCAUGGUGUGCCCUGGGAGCUGCUGUGUGUCGGUCUGUCUGUCCUCUCAGUGACAAGGGGGGUCAGGCUGUGAUUAGGAGGAGGAAAGAUGGCACAGACACAUCAGGAGGGAUUCUGGUUAUGAGGAAAGGUCCCUUCUCUGUUAACAUCCAUAAAUACCUUGUACACAUUCCUGCCCUCAUGGUGAGACUGGGCUCCUCCAAACAAAGUGCCUGGUAGAAAUCAGCCCAUGCAGGAGCUGAGUCCCUCCUGGGGACAGCAGUGCUCCUGCCUGUGCCUGACAGAGGCUUCUCCCACACCCCCCAAACGUGGCUGCAGGGCUUGGAGCACUCAUCCCUCCUCCAACACCAACUCCUCCUGAACCUCCGGGUCAGUCUGCCUGGUUUGUGCCUCAGUUUCCCCUGCAGAUACGAAAAAGGGAGGAGGAGGAGCAGCCCCAUGUCCUCCUGCCCACAUGUGGUUGGAUUCAUAACAUUUCUGGGAACUGAAUGGCAAAGGAUUGAGGAUGAAAUGCCAGAUGUGCUGGGAAGCUUUGGAAUCCUUGGCACCCAAUAUUUCCCUGAAGGCCUGUGCUAUUUUUAGAGCUCAGGCGUCAAGGGCAAUGUUAUCUGUGGCAGUGGGAGGAGGGUUCCCUUUGAGAUUCCCUCUGGCCUGGCUCCACCGCUGUCCUGGAGAGCUGGCAGCUCCUGAGAGAGCCCAGCUCCUCUCCUGGUGCCAGCUGGACAGGCAGCCAGCCCAGAGCUCCACCUGGCAUCCCCACAGCCACCCUGGGGCCAUCCCUCACCGUGGGUCACUGCCCCAGGCUGACCUCCCUCCUCCAGAGCAGACAGACAGACAGAACCUCCUGCUUGGCUCACCUGUGCUUUCCACCACUCCCAGGAACAAAACAGGUUUAUUGUGUCUCAAAACAGCCCCAGGACUCCAAUAAUGUCACUGCAGCCACUCUGGCCUUGCAGUCCUUUCCUUCCUGCAUCCCACAGUGCCACUGAUGGAGAGGAGCAAUGGGGCCUGGGGCAAUGGCACCUCCUGGGUGGCACCAACAGCUGGGCACAGCUGUCCUGGGCAUGGCAGGGUGCAGGGGGUGUGAAAGGAAGGGACAGGCACAGGGUGACAAGUGAUGCUGCUUUGUUCAUGGGGCUGUCAGAGUCAGCAUGCCCAGAACCCAGCCCACAGCCUGCCCUGGUGGAGGUGCCAAUGGCUGCAGCUCCAGCUCACUCUGGGCUGUCACAGAGGCUGCUCAGCCCUCAAACAGCUGCUGCUGCCUGGGUGGGGAUGGAUGGGAGAAGCCUGCUCAGCCAUUGACUCCCCUCCAGUGCAGGGCUGGCAGGGAUCCCUUGGAUCAAGACUGUUAGGUGAUGUCUGUGUGUGUGCACACCACGGCACUCACGAGCUCUGCUGGCUCCUGCCAAGGCCUGGGGGCCAGCAGCACACAUUUCUGAGCAGUUCAUGCACUCCCUGUGCUCUGCACAUGCUGGGCCAGGGGUGUUUCUGUACAGGGACGUUUCCUCUUUAGACAAAAUUUUGCACAUUGACCUUUGAGGUUAAUAAUCUCCAGGUGGGAAUUUUAUUUUUGCAGCGCAAACCCUUCCCCUCCCUUCCCACAACCAAAACUGGGCUCCCAGUCUGCAGAGAAGCCACUUUGGAGCGUCUGGAAAUUCUCCAUGUUCAUACCCAACCUACCCUUGUGCCUUGGCUUUUGGGGGGCAGCAGCAGGGAGGUCCCCCCACCUCCCCAUUAAACAGUGCUUUGGUUUCUCCUUUCUUUUUUUACAUCCCCCGAAGAGUUGACCCACGGCCUCCUGCACCACGUGUGCGUGUGCUGGGCUUGGGGCUUUUUCCAGGCACUUUUUCCUAAAGCAGAUCCAGAUGUGUGCAGCUGCUGUCCCUCGAGGAGCACCCCCGAUCAGCCAAAUCGCAGCCCACUCCAGUAGAGGCAAACAAAACCACGUUUAUUUUUAUUUUUAUCAGCUUGCUAGGAAGUGACACGGAGCAGGAGGGCGGCGGGGCAGGGCUCGGGAAGGGCUCGGGAAGGGAGGAGGAGAUGGAGAUGAAACGAACGCCCCCUCUCUGCUCUGCUGAAACCCAGCACCGUCCUCAUCUGGGGAGAGAUAAAGAUCAACAGAGCGAGGGAAAAGCGCCAUUCCAGAGUGACAGGGCUGAUAAAUGCCGUGUGGCAGAGCAGCGAGGAAGGGGGGGCAUGUCCUGGCUCUGUGCACGGCUCUCUGGCACACACACCCACCCAGGGAAUGCACAGCCAUUCCCUGUCACUGCCACCUACUGCUCCCUCAGUCCCACCACAGCUGAUUGGGGGCCCCUUGUCCCCUUUUGUUCAGGUCUUGCUCUCUGGGGCUUGGCCUUUCACUCCUGGCACGCUUAGGCCGAGCUAAGGGCACGCUUAGGCCGAGCUAAGGGCACGCUUAGGCCGAGCUAAGGGCACACUUAGGCCAAGCUAAGGGCACACUUAGGCCGAGCUAAGGGCACGCUUAGGCCAAGCUAAGGGCACACUUAGGCUGAGCUAAGGGCACGCUUAGGCUGAGCUAAGGGCACGCUUAGGCCAAGCUUUGCUCUCCUUGGGGGUGGCAAUUGGGGACCAGCUCUCAAACUCCUUUCCCCAGGGCUCGCAGGUGAGAAGUUGAGGCUCAGGGCAUCGCUGCCAGCACAUGCUGGGCCCAGCUGGUCUCUGCCCUGCACCCCCAGACCCAGCCAGCCCCUGGCUCUGCCAGCACCUUGGCAUUAUCAUCAGGGCUGGGCCUGGAGCUGUGAUCCAGGGGGAACGCCUCUGUGCCCCCUGCCAGAGGUGGGGAAAUGCUGAGUGAGGGGGGAUUUGGUGCCCCCCUUGAGCCCCUCAUCCUGGCUCUCUCUGGCAGCACUGCUCCCAUCAGCCAGCUCCUGUCCCCUCGCUGCAGCUCAGUGUUUGCUCAGAGGGAGCUGAGCCCUGGGGAAUGGGGGCACUGGGCUGGGAUGGGGCACAGACCCACCCACCCUGUCCCCACUCCAUGGCCAACAUUCAUGGCAGGUUUAGUUCUGCAGACACCCCCCAACACCACCAGAACCCUUAUGGGCCUCGUGCCACCACCCUCAUCUUCUCUUGGGGAUGACAAAUCCCCAGGGCAGCCUGAGCUUCCCCAGGGGAUCCUCUCACAUCUCUGCCCCUUUGUCCCAGGAGAGAGGUCACAGUGUCCCCCCAGGGCCUGAGGGGAUGCUCAGACACUUCAAUGGGGACCAGAUUCCACUUGGCUGGACUCUGGUGCCAGAACUCAGCCUGCCCCUGGCCAUGGGGAAGCUGCCCUGCUGUGGGGAUCUGCGGCCAGCACCACCAAUGCCAGGCACAGGGAUCAAAGGGAAACCCACACGCUGACCUUGGACCAGCUGAGGGAAAGGGAGGGCCAAAUCCACCCACCUGGCCUGACCUCUGUGCCAGGCUGCCAGUUAUUUUCCAUAGCUGAAGUUGUCUCUCAGUGUUGGUGUGUCUGCCCCAGCCCCAGCGUGCCCCACAGCCAUGAGUGUGGUCUGAUGUAACCCUGUGUCUCUCCUGUUCCUGCUGCAGAUCCUGUUCAUGUUCGUGUUCCUCGGCGCUUCCGUGCUGGUUUUAUACCUGCCUUCCGUGUUUAUGGGUGUAACUUUGGUUUUUUUCUUUUUGUAGGUUUUUAGUAUGUUUGUAACCGGACAAAAUGGUGUUAUUAAACUGAAACUUGUAUCUUCAGUGGAUAAAUCAAUCAAACCCCUCUCCA